UUAGCUCAGGUGCCAAUCUUUAAAAAAAAGAAAAGAGUUUGAAUAUGAGGUAAUAGACUCUCAGGAGCUGAGGAGUCACAAAGUGAAAAGGAUUUUAUUUGCCCUCCAUAUGAAAUGGAUUGGAUAUCCACAGGGAAAUACCCAGAUUCAUACAGACUGUAACUUGGGUGGAGUUAAAGCCGUAGUUUAGGGAUAUCCCUUGGAAGGAGAUAUUUAAAGCCGGGAGAAAAGUAGAACUUGUUAAGGAGGGGUAGCUGGACUAUGGGGUGUCGGGGUGGAAACUCAGGGUUAGUUAGAGAGGAGGAGGGAGGGAUCCCAGGAAGGAGCAGAGAGCAGCAAGGAUCGAGGAGAACAAAGAGUAGACAGGGAAAGGAGCCUCUCAGGAAACAGGGUGGGUAACCACAUCUGAUGCCUGGUGCUCACGAGGUUAAGAACGGAGGAAAAACAUGUUUAAAUCAGAAGGAAGCACUUGGAGGACCUGAAGAAAGCAGUUUUAUUUUUUGUUUUCAAAGUUGGGAUUUGCAAGUCAGAGGGCAGGAAGAGAAACAUACAAAAAGGAAGGUCGUGGGUACAGCCCACUCAAUUAAGAGUCUGCAAUAAAAGGGAGAGAAAUAGUAUAAGAGCUUUCAGACUCACUGAAAUGAAGUAAAGCAUUUUUGGAUUCUCACAUAUUUUGGCUAUCCAGGUAUAUAAAGCGAUGGAAAGGAUAAUCGUAUCCACACAUCCAAGUACAACAUUCUCACCUUCUUGCCAAUUAACUUAUUUGAACAGUUCCAAAGAGUGGCAAAUGCCUAUUUCCUUUUCCUACUGAUUUUACAGUUGAUUCCAGAAAUCUCUUCCUUGACCUGGUUUACCACCAUUGUGCCUUUGGUCCUGGUGAUAACUAUGACAGCUGUCAAAGAUGCCACAGAUGACUGUUUUCGCCACAAGAGUGAUAAUCAAGUGAAUAAUCGGCAAUCUGAAGUGCUCAUCGACGGCAAACUGCAGAAUGAAAAAUGGAUGAAUGUCAAAGUGGGAGACAUCAUUAAAUUAGAAAAUAACCAAUUUGUUGCUGCUGACCUGCUUCUCCUAUCAAGUAGUGAGCCACAUGGUCUCUGUUACAUUGAAACUGCUGAGCUUGAUGGGGAAACAAACCUUAAAGUUCGCCAUGCACUAGCAGUUACCUCAGAACUUGGAGCAGAUAUUAGCAGACUUGCAAAGUUUGAUGGGAUUGUUGUCUGUGAGGCGCCCAACAACAAAUUAGAUAAAUUCACGGGAGUCCUCUCUUGGAAGGACAGCAAGUACCCCCUCAACAAUGAGAAGAUCAUCCUGAGGGGCUGUGUCCUGAGAAACACCAGCUGGUGUUUUGGCAUGGUUAUUUUUGCAGGUCCUGACACUAAACUAAUGCAGAACAGCGGUAAGACAAAGUUUAAAAGGACAAGCAUUGAUAGACUGAUGAAUACGCUAGUACUAUGGAUCUUUGGGUUUCUGGUGUGCUUGGGAAUUAUUCUUGCAAUAGGAAAUUCAAUCUGGGAGAAACAAGUUGGGGACCAGUUCAGAUCUUUCCUCUUCUGGAAAGAAGGAGAGAAGAACUCUGUGUUCUCAGGAUUCUUAACAUUCUGGUCAUAUAUUAUUAUUCUCAAUACAGUUGUACCCAUUUCAUUAUACGUGAGUGUGGAAGUGAUUCGUCUGGGACACAGUUAUUUUAUAAACUGGGAUCGGAAGAUGUAUUACUCUGGGAAAGCCACGCCUGCUGAAGCUCGGACAACCACGCUCAACGAGGAACUGGGCCAGAUCGAAUAUGUUUUCUCUGACAAAACGGGCACCCUCACUCAAAACAUCAUGACUUUUAAAAAAUGUUCCAUUAAUGGGAGAAUCUAUGGUGAAGUGCAGGAUGACCUGGGUCGGAAGACAGACAUAACUAAGAAAAAAGAGCCUGUGGAUUUCUCAGUCAACUCCCAAGCAGAGAGAACAUUUCAGUUCUUUGACCACAAUCUGAUGGAAGCCAUUAAACUGGGUGAUCCCAAAGUGCACGAAUUCCUUAGGUUACUUGCUCUCUGCCACACUGUAAUGUCAGAGGAAAAUAGUGCAGGACAGCUGAUUUACCAAGUUCAGUCACCUGACGAAGGGGCUCUAGUGACUGCUGCAAGGAAUUUUGGGUUCACUUUCAAGUCUCGGACCCCAGAGACGAUAACAAUAGAAGAACUAGGAACGCUGGUUACUUAUCAAUUGCUUGCCUUUUUGGAUUUCAACAAUAUCAGAAAAAGGAUGUCUGUCAUAGUUCGAAACCCGAAGGGACAGAUAAAGCUUUAUUCCAAAGGAGCGGAUACUAUUCUGUUUGAAAAACUUCAUCCAUCCAAUGAAGACCUUCUGACUUUGACGUCAGACCAUCUUAGUGAGUUUGCAGGGGAAGGCCUUCGAACCUUGGCCAUCGCAUACAGAGAUCUGGAUGACAAGUACUUUAAAGAAUGGCAUAAGAUGCUUGAAGAUGCAAAUACUGCCACAGAUGAGAGGGAUGAGCGGAUAGCUGGGCUGUAUGAAGAAAUCGAAAGGGAUUUGAUGCUACUAGGUGCCACUGCUGUAGAAGAUAAGUUACAAGAGGGUGUUAUUGAAACAGUUACAAGUUUAUCACUAGCCAAUAUUAAGAUCUGGGUCUUAACAGGAGACAAACAAGAAACUGCCAUCAACAUUGGCUAUGCCUGCAACAUGCUGACUGAUGACAUGAAUGAUGUAUUCAUCAUAGCAGGGAACACAGCAGCAGAAGUCAGAGAAGAGCUCAGGAAAGCAAAAGAAAAUUUGUUUGGACAAAACAGAAGUUUUUCCAACGGCCAUGUAGUUUUUGAAAAAAAGCAGCAGCUGGAGCUGGCCUCAGUGGUAGAGGAAACCAUAACAGGAGAUUAUGCCUUAGUCAUAAAUGGCCACAGUUUGGCCCAUGCCCUAGAAAGUGACGUUAAGAAUGAUCUCCUGGAACUAGCCUGCAUGUGUAAGACUGUGGUUUGCUGCCGUGUCACCCCGCUCCAGAAAGCCCAAGUAGUAGAGCUGGUGAAGAAGUACAGAAAUGCUGUCACUUUGGCCAUAGGCGAUGGAGCCAAUGAUGUCAGCAUGAUCAAAAGUGCUCACAUUGGCGUUGGCAUCAGCGGCCAGGAAGGACUGCAGGCAGUCUUAGCCAGCGACUAUUCAUUUGCACAGUUUAGAUACCUCCAAAGGCUUCUCCUUGUCCAUGGAAGGUGGUCCUAUUUCCGAAUGUGCAAAUUCUUAUGCUAUUUCUUCUAUAAGAAUUUUGCAUUCACACUUGUGCAUUUCUGGUUUGGCUUCUUCUGUGGUUUCUCAGCCCAGACCGUUUAUGACCAGUGGUUCAUUACCCUCUUUAACAUUGUCUACACAUCACUGCCUGUUUUAGCCAUGGGGAUUUUUGACCAGGAUGUGAAUGACCAGAACAGCAUGGACUAUCCCCAGCUCUACCAACCUGGACAGCAGAAUCUACUUUUUAACAAGCGUAAAUUUUUAAUCUGCAUGGCGCACGGAAUCUACACCUCAUUAGCCCUUUUCUUCAUCCCCUACGGGGCCUUUUACAACGCAGCUGGAGAAGAUGGGCAGCACCUUGCAGACUACCAGUCUUUUGCAGUUACCAUGGCCACAUCCUUGGUCAUUGUGGUCAGUGUACAGAUAGCCUUGGAUACCAGCUACUGGACUGUCGUUAAUCACGUCUUCAUUUGGGGCAGCAUUGCCACUUAUUUCUCCAUUUUAUUUACAAUGCACAGUAAUGGCAUCUUUGCCAUCUUCCCAAACCAGUUUCCAUUUGUUGGAAAUGCACGACAUUCCUUGACCCAGAAGUGCAUUUGGCUUGUUAUUCUCUUAACCACAGUUGCUUCAGUUAUGCCUGUGGUGGCAUUCAGAUUUUUGAAGGUGGAUUUGUUCCCGACCCUAAGUGAUCAGCUCCGUCAGCGGCAGAAGGCUCAAAAGAAGGCAAGGCCCCUACAUAGCCGAAGGCCUCAGACUCGCAGAUCAAGCUCAAGAAGAUCUGGAUAUGCUUUUGCUCACCAAGAGGGCUAUGGAGAGCUUAUCACAUCUGGAAAAAAUAUGCGAGCUAAAAAUCUACCCCCAACAUCAGGGUUGGAAAAGACACUGUAUAAUAGCACUAGUUGGAUUGAAAAUUUAUGUAAAAAAACCACAGACACAGUGAGCAGCUUCAGCCAGGAUAAAACAGUGAAACUGUGAGGCAAGAUGAAUUUGAACCGCAUAGUUAUCUUUUCACUUCAGCUGGAGCUGAAAUUCAGCUGGCUCCAGAGUCUGGGAUCGGGGGUUUGGGGUGGGGCAGACUGCCUUACUUGAUUUAAAUCUGUGGCAGACAGCUGCCAGUGCCCAUCAAAUGGCGCUGUGCUCUAUGGGGAAACCAGGCCAGAUGGUCACUGUCGAAUUCGUGAUUUGGUGGACAGACAGACCUCUCACAAGACAAGCACAGGUUUUUAACAACCUAGAUACCAAUGGACCUGAACUUCAGAAUCUUAUUUAUGGAGAAAAACUUGUAAGUCUGCAUAUACAUUGAAUGAAUCUUCAGAUGGAUAAAACGGUGCAAUCAAAAGGUAAUCAAAAUAUCCCAGCUGAAGAGUGUGCUUGUUGACAGAUAAACACGUAUAGGUAAGCUCAGCCUUUCCCAGGAUAUGCUUUUAAGAUUUAAAAUGCGUCCUAAGGUGCUUUCAGACUAAGAGCAGCUUGUCACUUUCCAGUCUUGAUAUCUACCUGUGUGUUCAACUGAGACAACACAUCCCCUUCCGGCCUGAAGAGUAGAGGAAUGUGUUGGUGUUCCUCAUUUUUCUACUAGUUUAGAGAUGAAGUAGAGUGAGCAUCUUUACAGUGGGAUGGGCUGGUAAUGUGGUCAAAUUUAUUCAAAAAGCUCUGGGGCACAUGUUCAUGAAAUGUCAGAGGCUCUCUAGUAGGUAGUCUAAGUACUUUUUAAUGACUUUUAUAACAGCCUCAAUGAUAGUUUGCCCCGAGUCAUCCAAAAUCAUUAAUAGAACCAGCAAAGCACUGGAAUUUCACCCUUUAAUGAUUGUUUUUCAUAUAGUAUAUGGGCAAAUACCUUCCAAGUUUCCAAUUUUAAAAAGUUCAGAUUUGAAACCAAACAGAUUAAUAAACAAUCUCUUCAAUUACUAUUUAAAUGCUCAGGCUUAGAUCAUUCAGAGUUAGUUGCUUUUGAUCAUCAGCUGUCUUGUUUAUAAUUCAAACAUGGAAACAUGUAGUUGAGGUUGAUUUUUUGGAGAUGGUUCGGUGCAAAUUUUCAGUCCACAUGUGAAUUCCCACUGUAAUUCCUGUGAGAUUUGUGUCCGAACUCCAGCUCUAUCGCGUCUUACCUCUCUCACUUUGGGCAGGUAAUGUGCCUCCUCUGAGAUUUUGUUUCUUCCUCUGUAAAAUGAGGAUAUACUACCUACCUCAUGUGGUUGUUUGAGGAUUAUCAAAGCACAAACUUUCGAAUCAUUAAAAACAUAAUUCUCAUAUGAAUAGAUGAUGAGUUAAGUUCCAUUUAACUCAUAGUCAGAAUAACAGAGCAGCUUGAAGAGAAUGUGAAGAACUGGAAUUGAAGUAGUCAGUGGGAAAGGCCUUGAUGAAAUGAGAUUGCAAAGUAAGCUAUAAAACCGGUUAGUGUCCUACAGGGAAAUAAAACGAUAACCUUGGAGGUAAAUUUCAGAAGCAAAAACCAAUCAUCAUCCAUGCCUUAUCAAUUUCUACAAGUCAACCUCCAAUUCUUCAGGAGCCUUAAUUUCGUCCCUAUUGAAUUAGUAGUCAAAGUUAUAUUUCCCAGGAGUCAGAUGGCCCUUGGAUGGGUUUGAUGGAUAAUGGGCUAGGGUGAUAUUAAUUGAUCACAUAAUGCUUUCUUUUUGGUCUUAAUUUCCAAGUCUGGGAUAAUUUUUCCUAAAUGGGAUCAAAUGAGCUAUGUGUGAAAGAGCCUCCUACAGUGCUUUAGUCAUAAUAAAUGCUCAUACAUGUUCCCUUUUCCCUUACAUGCCUGCAUAGACUUACCCAGAUGUUAGUUUUCAAUGUCUAAAUUUGUCAUUAGUUUCACUGAGUUUGCUGGCUUUUUGUAACGUUUUUGAAAGAUUUGAAAAGUUUCAGUAAAUGUUUUGGCACUACUGGC